AUGGCUCGAGAAUUUGAGGCACUCGCCCUCAAUGGCCACAACUACCCUACUUGGGCCAUGGACACGAAGAUCGCUCUUGCAUCUCGUGGGAUAGUGCGUGCAAUUCAGGCUGAGCAGGAUCCACUGCCCGCUGGAGUCACGCCACUAACAGAUGAACAGAAGUAUACCGCCUUAUACAUUAUAAGGCACCAUAUUCACCCAGAUCUCAAGUCUGAGUACUUGGAGGAGGAAUCCCCUAGUACCCUGUUUCAGGCCCUCAAAACGAGGUAUGAACAGCAGAAGGCAGUUGUCCUACCAGAAGCACUCCAUGAUUGGACUCACCUCCGUCUUCAGGACUUCAAGUCCAUCGGAGAGUACAAUCACGAGGUUCAUAAGAUCAGUUCCAAGCUGCGCUUUUGCGGGAAGGAACCUACUAAUGCGGAGAAGAUAGAGAAAACUCUGUCGACUAUGCUCCCAUCUGACAGAAUCCUCCAGCAGCAGUACCGUGCUCGCGACUACCAAGUCUAUUCCGAUCUUAUUCAUAUCUUACUUCAGGCUGAAAAGCAUGAUGAGCUACUCGCUAAGAAUGGCUCUCGGCGUCCGGUUGGUUCUCAACCUCUACCUGAAGUUCAUAUGAAUGUCGCGAACGGACGAAAGUUUGAUGGUGGUUUCAAAGGAAAGCCCUCUAACUUCAAUGGUAAGCGAAAGCGCAACCGGAACAGGAAGCCCAGAAACUCAGACCGUGGGAAAGGCACCGCAAAGUCCAAGUUUGACAAAUCUAAGCUUUGCGACAAGUGUGGAUGCUACACGCACCCCACUGACAAGUGCAAGACCCCAAGGCAUCUGGCCAUUCUGUACCAACAAUCCCAUGGACGCAACGCACCUCGAGGGAAAAGGUUUGAAGCCAACUUCAACCUUCAUCCAGAUGGCACCGAUGGAGCUGGCUGUUCGCAAGACGUUCCCUCGGGACCAAGCAACGCCGUUACUCUCCUUCCAUCAAAGGACCCUGCAGGAACGGAGGACAUGAUGGUUGAGUACACCUCAACCGACGUGUUUGGAGACUUCGACUAG